AUGGCUGACGACAAUAAUGUUCCACCACCCAUGGGAAGGUUUGGUAACAUCCUCAGAUCGGGAAUUAAUCACCCGGGAGAGUUUGCCUAUGCACAUGAUAAUGUUAACAUCCCACCUCACUACAUUAGUUUGGUGAAUGGUGGAAAUCUUUUCCAUGGACGAGAUGAAGAAGAUCCGAUGAGUCAUUUGAAUGCCUUUUAUGAAUUGACGAACUCUCAUAGACCUCCAAAUGUAGAGCAUCAUCGGAUUAAGAGAGCAUUAUUUCCUUUCUCAUUGAGAGAGAAAGCAAGAGAAUGGUACGACUCAUUACCGGGCUACAACAUAGCAACAUUUGAGGAGUUGAAAUCGAAAUUCCUUUUGGAAUAUAACUCUCCAAUGAAGAUCGAGAAGUUGAGAGAGGAGAUCACUUCAUUCCGGCAAAAGUAUGAUGAGUCAUUUGCCGAAGCUUGGAAGAGGUUUACAGAUUUGCUAAGGAAAUGCCCAAGCCAUGGUCUAGCUCCGGGGCAUGAUCUUUUGAAGUUCUACAAAGGACUCAAUAAUGAAGGCACGGGAUUAGUUACCGCAGGUUCAAGUGGAAACUUAGAUGAUUUGACACAUGAUGAAGUGAGAGCCUUAUUUCAGAGAUUAGCAAACAAUCAGAGGAAUUGGCAUAAUCCAAGAAGAGCGGCUGAUAAGGCAGGAGAUACAUUUGGUGCUACCAAGGAUGCAGAGAGAGUGACAGCAAUAGAGGCCCAAUUGGCGGAUAUAAGCACUCAAAUGUCUUCAAUGACAAAUGCUGUCAAAUCUUUUCAAUUGACUCCUCAACCUCAAGCAGUGGCUGUGUUGAAGUGUGGUUUGUGCCAAGGUGGACAUCAUACUGAUCAAUGUCCAAGUCUUCAAGGACCAUCGGUGGAGGACGUGAAUUACAUUGGUAACAACCGUCAAGGUUUCAACCAAGGUAAUCAAUAUAGCAAUCAACAGAUUUGGAGACCUCAACAAGGAAACUGGAAUCAAGUUGGUUCUAGCAACACUGCAGGAAAUCAAUGGAGAAGUAAUACCCAACCUCCGGGUUUUGAGAAGAAGUCAUCACAAGAAGAUCAAUUGGGACAGAUUUUCUCUUUUAUGACUAAAAGUCAAAAGGAGAAUGAGAAUUUCAGAGAUAAAACUGUGGAGAAGUUUGGACAACUCGAGGCUACUAUGAGGACUCUUGAGACUCAAAUUGGGCAGCUUGCUACAUCAUCUCAUACAAGAAUUCCUGCAACUAUUCCGAGUGAUACUGUGCCCAAUCCCAAAGGCAAUGAACAUUGCAAGGUAGUUACAUUGAGAAGUGGUCGUGAGUUGGGUUCGACACCAUUAAUGGACGGCCAAGGUACUUCCGGCAUCUCACACGCAGGGGCGGAUGAGAUGUUAGGCUUGCAUUCCUCGCACGCAGGGGCGGACGAGGCAUGUAAGGGAAGUCCCGAGUUGGUGCAUGGGGCCCAACAUGGUCAAGAACAGGCUGCAUCCGGCAGCAAGGAACAUGGUGAAGAAUCCGAUUCUAGUGGAAAGUUUUCAGCAGAAGAGAAAGGAAAGAAGAUAGUAGAGAUGGAAUCAAAGAGAAAGAUGAUGACAAGUCCGGCACAAGAUCCUAAGAGCAAGUUUAACUUCCCAGAUCAUAUUCCUCCUCCACCAUAUCCACCCAAGAGGAAGAAAAGAGUCCCAAAAGAGAAAAGUUUUGAGUGGAUGAUGAAUGUAAUCCGAAAAGUGAAUGUGGAUGUGUCAUUAGUGGACCUCUUCACUAAUUUUCCCAAGUUCUCCAAGUUUUUCAAGGAUAUGAUGGCAAACAAGGAGAAACUACAAGAUGAGGGGAUAGUGGCUUUGAGCAUGAAUUGCUCACAAUUGAUUUCAGGAAUGAUGCCAAUGAAGAAGAGGGACCCCGGAAGUUGUGUGAUUCCUUGUGAGAUCGGCAAUACAAUCUUCACAAAAUGCUUAUUGGAUCAAGGAUCGGGGAUCUCACUUAUGGCAUUGAAAACUGCACGUGCCAUUGGACUAGAGGAUAGGAUGGAGCCUAUAGACAUUGCUCUACAAUUGGCUGAUCACUCGAUAGUAAAGCCUAGUGGAAUAGUAGAGGAUGUCUUGGUCAAAGUUGACAAAUUCAUCAUCCCUGUUGACUUUAUAGUCUUGGAUAUGCCCGAGGACAAAGAGGUACCAAUUCUAUUUGGUAGACCAUUUCUUGCCACGGGAGAUGUGUUGCUUGGAGCUAAAGACAACUCUGUCACAUUCAGAAUUAAUGGUGAGCAAGUGACCAUUAAUGUGGAGAAGACAAUGAAGCACCCUAGUGAUGCCAAUGCGUGUUUUAGAGUUGAUGUCCUCGAUAAAUGCAUAUUUGACAAGAUGUGUUGCUCAUCAAGAAUUGAAGGAAGUGUAUAUGAGAAAGGGAGUUUGGAGAGAGAUUUUGGUUCGACAAUCAAAGUAAAUUUUGAUGAAACAGAAGAUUAUCAAGUUGAUCAACCAAAUCUGGAAAAUGAAUGCGUGGUGGAUACUUUUGUGGCAGAUGUGAGACCUUCAGUUGAAGUACCACCAAAGUUAGAAUUGAAGCCCCUCCCGAAAAAUUUGAAAUAUGCCUUCCUUGGUGAUGAUGAAACUUUACCGGUUGUGGUAUCGGCUGAGUUGAAUAAUGAAGAAGAAUCCAAGUUAAUAGAGCUACUUAAGUUGCACAAGCAAGCUCUAGGAUGGUCUAUAGCCGAUAUCAAAGGAAUUAGCCCGACAAUAUGUAUGCAUAAAAUCUUGAUGGAAGAUGGAGCUAAGCCGGUAAGAGAGAGACAAAGAAGGUUGAACCCACUUAUGCAAGAAGUGGUGGAAAAAGAAGUGAAGAAAUUGUUGAAAUUUGGGAUGAUCUAUCCUAUAUCCGAUAGCGAGUGGGUUAGCCCGGUGCAAUGUGUACCCAAGAAAGGAGGAAUAACCGUGACAGUCAAUGAAAAGAAUGAAGUCUUAGCAACUCGAUUGGUGUCGGAGUUGGGAUUGGAGAUGGAUAAGGCUAAGAUUGAAGUAAUCUCUAAGUUACCUCCUCCAACAAAUGUGAAGGGCAUCCGUAGUUUUCUUGGUCAUGCGGGAUUCUACCGAAGAUUCAUAAAAGAUUUUUCAAAAAUUGCAAAACCUCUUUGCAAUCUACUUGAGAAGGAUGCCAAGUUCGUCUUCGAUGAUAAAUGCCUUGAGGCAUUUGAUUUGCUCAAGAAGAAGCUAGUCGAAGCUCCUAUUAUUAUCACACCUGAUUGGUCGAAACCAUUUGAGUUGAUGUGUGAUGCUUCGGACUACGCUGUGGGAGCCGUUUUAGGCCAAAGAAGAGAGAAAGUCCUACAUGCCAUCUACUAUGCUAGCAAGGUACUCAAUGAUGCCCAAUUGAACUACACCACGACGGAGAAGGAAAUGUUAGCAGUUGUGUAUGCUUUUGAGAAGUUUCGUGCAUAUUUACUUGGCACGAAGGUGGUAGUGUUCACGGACCAUUCAGCUAUCAAAUAUUUGAUGAACAAGAAAGAUGCAAAACCUCGUUUGGUGAGAUGGGUCCUAUUAUUACAAGAAUUUGAUGUGGAAAUCAAAGAUAAAAAGGGGACCGAGAAUUUGGUAGCUGAUCAUCUUUCUAGAUUAGAAGGCGUGGAAGAGACGGAAGAUGAGAAAAAGAAAAGGAUCAAUGAAAAAUUUCCCGAUGAACAAGUGUUUCAAGUGGAGGCUCGGGAAACAUAUGUGCCGUGGUUUGCUAACUUGGCAAACUACAUUGUUACGGGCAUUAUACCCGAAGGGUUGUCUUCUAACCAAAAGAAGAAAUUUUUUAGUGACACCCGUAUGUAUGUUUGGGAAGAUCCAUUUCUCUUCCGUAUUUGCAGUGAUGGAGUCAUUCGAAGGUGUGUUGGAGAGCAUGAGCACCUUCAGAUUUUGUCUGCUUGCCAUGAUUCUGAGUAUGGCGGCCAUUUCGGAGCACGUCGAACUGCAUUUAAAGUGCUUCAGUCCGGAUUCUUUUGGCCAUCUAUCUUCAAGGAUGCAAAAGCCUAUGUAGAGAGAUGUGACAGUUGCCAAAGAACCGGCAAUAUCUCGUGGAGAAAUGAAAUGCCAAUGAAUAAUAUUCACGAGGUAGAACUCUUUGAUGUUUGGGGAAUAGACUUCAUGGGACCGUUUCCCAAGUCUAAUGGGCAACAAUACAUUCUUGUAGCUGUCGAUUAUGUCUCUAAGUGGGUAGAGGCAGUGGCCUCGGCAACCAAUGAUGCCAAAGUUGUGUUGAAGUUCAUCAAGAAUCAUAUCUUUAACCGCUUUGGGACACCACGAGCUAUAAUCAGUGAUGGAGGAACUCAUUUUUGCAACAAGCUAUUCGAAAACCUCCUAGGAAAAUAUGGUGUCCAACACAAGGUUGCUACCCCUUAUCAUCCCCAAACUAGUGGCCAAGUUGAAGUCUCCAAUCGAGAGAUAAAGCGGGUGCUUGAGAAAGUUGUAAAGCCGUCUCGGAAGGAUUGGGCUCAAAAGCUAGAUGAUGCUUUGUGGGCAUAUCGAACGGCAUAUAAGACCCCGAUUGGAACUUCUCCAUACAAGUUGGUGUUUGGAAAAGCUUGUCAUUUGCCGGUGGAACUUGAGCAUAAAGCUUAUUGGGCUUUGCAAAAGCUUAAUUUGGACUAUGAUGCUGCAGCAGAGAAGAGAAUGUUUGACAUGAAUGAAAUGGAUGAGUUUAGGCUUCGUGCAUAUGAGAGUGUUGAUCUCUACAAGGAGCGUGCUAAAAAGAUACAUGAUGCAGCCGUUAAGCCUCGUCAUUUCCAUGAAGGACAGUUGGUCCUAUUGUACAACUCUCGGCUGAAACUCUUUCCGGGCAAGCUCAAGUCAAGAUGGUGGGGUCCUUAUGUGGUGCACAAGGUGUAUCCCUAUGGUGCUGUUGAUAUUCGAGAUCAGAAAAAUGACAAUCUUUGGAAGGUGAAUGGCCAACGCUUGAAGGCAUAUGUUGGAGGUGAAAGUGGUAUGGAAGCAAGAGAAGUGGCUGCACUAGUGGAACCGAAAGUGUAGAUCAAGGAUGAAGAAAGUCGAGCCAACGACUAUAAACAAAGGCGCUGAUUGGGAGGCAACCCAAGUUUUAUUUUUCUUUUAUUUUUAUUAUCAUAUGUUGGAGGUUUUGUUUGCUCAAUUCUUUCCUCUAACAUUUAUUUUGAAUUGAGUGUUUCUUUUUGUGUGUUUUAUCUUUUGUUUCUUGUGUGUAGGAGCAACAUGGAGAUAGGACUCA